UUCCAUGAGAGACGCGCGAUGAAAGUCAGAGACUUCGAGCUUUUCGCAAUUUUAGCGUUAUCACACCGUUACAAUCUUGUAGAGGCAGUUAUGUGACAAGCGUACUGUUUACUUGAGCUCCUAUUUCACCUUUUGUGGUCUUUUGUGAUGUCAAACAGAUCUCCAGACCCCUUCUAUACCCUGCGAGGCCACGGUGGACCCAUAACAGCGGUCGAGUUUUUCGGCGAUGUUCUUUUCUCGGGAUCAUCGGACGGCGAAAUAUUUUCUUGGGACCUUGAGACGUUUAGGAGGAGGCACACCCUUGUGGGACACAACAAUAAAGGCAUAUUAUGGAUCGGACAUUCUGAAAAUGCUUUGUUAACCCAGGGCCGUGACGGCACUGUGGCAAUUUGGACUUUGAAUGAUAGCCAGUGGAAGCAAACAGGUACCAUGGUGACAAGUGCCAAAGGAUUCUGCCAGUGCAGCCUUCCUAGCGAAGCGUCUACACUGAUCGCAACGCCGUCCGACCCAGACUGGAAGAUUUCACUGUGGGAUUUGGAAAGCCAGAAGUGCGUCGCAUCCACUCUCCAAUCAAAGGAGCAGCUCGGCAUGGCAAUGAGCAUUAGGCUUAGCAGGGACGGCAACGGCGUUCUUGCGGCGUACGAAAACGGCAGCGUCGUCCAUUACGACAUGCGCAGCGGUGGUGUUCCGGUCUCGACAUUGACGCUGUACAAAGAACCGAUAAUGUGCAUGGACUUCGAUCAAGUGCACAGGGUGAACAGGGGGAUUUGUGGUUCGGUUUCCAACGAACUGUGCGUGUUCGAACUGAAUGACGGCCAACUCGCUGAGAAGCGGAGACUGACGGUUACCAACGAUGGCUUCUCUUCCCUGCACGUGCGUGUAGACGGCAAGAUCGUUGCGUCGGGUGGCUGGGAUGGGAGGAUACGAGUGUUCGGCUGGAAGAAUAUGAAACCCCUUGCGGUGCUUGACUUCCACAAGGAAUCUGUGCAGGCUGUGAAGUUUUCGGAUAGGGAACUUUGCAAGGCAGGUUUGCUUCUUGCUGCUGGCAGCAAAGAUAGGACAGUGUCUCUAUGGUCUCUGUACAACUCAAGUUGAUGACCAUUUUCGUGCCGUGAAUACAAUGAAUAAAACAGUCCGAGCGCAUUUUCUACAAUAAAUUUUUUU